AAAAAAAAAAAAAAAAAAAAAAGAAGCCAAAGCUAAAACAAAGCAAAAGGAAGAAAGAGCUUCACUUUCAACGCAACCAAAUGCCUCGUCGAAAAUCAUGAAGACAAAGUGCUUUUCCCCACAGUUCCUUCUCUACCGAGAAUUGCGGGCCGUCCGGUUCUUCUCUUUCCUCUCUCUUUAGCAAUCGCACAAUUCACACUCUAAAUCGAACUCUCUAGAAUUUUCUGAUUCGGCUUCUUCAAGGUCGUCGACCAUAUCCAGAAAUGCUCAAAGUUUACACAACAUAUAUAUCUGCUUGACCUCAUCUGUGAAUGACAUUCUUAAUUGAAAAGUAUACUCUUGUUCAAAUGUAUAUUUAAAAGUACAGUUUCCCCCUCUUAAAGGAAAGGUGAGGUAUUUAACAGUUGAAGCACAUGGAGUCUGCAAGGUGUUGGUUUAACAAAUUGAAGUCAAAAGAUAAGUUGAAGUCUGACAAGAAAAAGGAAACCAUGGGCAACGGGAAGGAGGGGUCAAAAGCCCCUACAAGUGAAGAAGCACCAUCUAAUGUAACCAAGCAGCGGGUUGCUGCUGCAAAGCAGUAUAUUGAAAACCAUUACAAAAAGCAGAUGAAAGACCUGCAAGAGAGGAAGGAACGACGUAAUAUACUGGAGAAGAAGUUGGCUGAUGCUGAGGUGUCUGAGGAAGAGCAAAAUAACCUAUUGAAGUAUUUAGAGAAGAAGGAAACAGAAUACAUGCGCCUUCAGAGGCAUAAAAUGGGUUCUGAUGAUUUUGAGCCCUUGACAAUGAUAGGCAAGGGUGCAUUUGGGGAGGUCAGAAUCUGCAGGGAAAAAUCAACCGGUCAUGUAUAUGCUAUGAAGAAGCUUAAGAAAUCAGAGAUGCUUCGCAGAGGCCAGGUUGAACAUGUGAAAGCGGAAAGGAAUCUACUUGCAGAGGUUGAUAGCAAUUGCAUUGUAAAACUCUAUUGUUCCUUCCAAGAUGAAGAGUAUCUAUAUCUCAUCAUGGAAUACCUACCCGGUGGAGAUAUGAUGACUUUACUCAUGCGCAAAGAUACACUAACUGAAGAUGAGGCAAGGUUUUAUGUUGGAGAAACUGUCCUGGCUAUUGAGUCAAUCCACAAACAUAAUUAUAUUCAUAGAGAUAUCAAGCCUGAUAACUUGCUACUUGAUAGAAAUGGUCACAUGAAAUUAUCAGAUUUUGGGUUAUGCAAGCCAUUAGAUUGCAGUAAUCUCCAGGAAAAGGAUUUUUCUAUUGGAAACAACCUCAGUGGAACUCUUCAGAGUGAUGGACGCCCUGCAGCACCAAAGCGCACACAACAAGAGCAAUUGCAGCAUUGGCAGAGAAAUAGGAGGAUGCUUGCUUAUUCUACUGUUGGGACACCUGACUAUAUUGCUCCAGAGGUUUUGCUGAAGAAAGGAUAUGGAAUGGAAUGUGAUUGGUGGUCUCUCGGGGCGAUCAUGUAUGAAAUGCUUGUCGGAUACCCACCCUUUUACUCAGAUGAACCUAUGUCAACUUGUAGGAAGAUAGUUAACUGGAGAACUCAUUUAAAAUUUCCAGAAGAAGCAAAGCUAUCUCCAGAAGCUAAAGAUCUCAUCAGUAAACUCUUAUGUAAUGUUGACCAAAGGCUUGGCACAAAAGGCGCAGAUGAAAUAAAGGCUCACCCAUGGUUUAAAGGUACAGAAUGGGAUAAACUUUAUCAAAUGAAAGCCGCAUUUAUUCCUGAGGUUAAUGAUGAGUUGGACACUCAAAACUUUGAGAAGUUUGAAGAGGGUGACAAUCAAAUUCAGACGUCAGCAAAAGCUGGUCCAUGGAGAAAGAUGCUCUCAUCUAAGGAUAUUAAUUUCGUUGGUUAUACAUACAAGAACUUCGAAAUUGUAAAUGAUAAUCAGUUACCUGGGAUUGCUGAACUAAAAAAGAAAAGCACAAAACCUAAGAGGCCCUCUAUCAAGUCCCUUUUUGAAGAUGAGUCAGCUGAAGCUAAUCAACCUGUGCAAGGGAGCUUUCUAGGUCUCCUGCCUCCUAAAAUAGAUGAAGUUCCUGAGCUGCCAAACAAAUCGAAAUGAUCCAGGCUAGUCUCUAUAUGCCAUUAGAUGGUCAUGCACUCACAGAUGUUUGAUUGAAGGUCAACUGAGGAAGAUCGUGUUUACUAAUGCGUAGGGCUUUUUGGUUCGCUGAUUCCUGCAGAUAUGUUACCGGAAUGAAAGUUUCAGGGGGCAAAGGCUCCGAGGACGAGCGGUUUGAGAUGCUAAUUCGCUGUUGGCUUAGUUUAACGUUCUUUAUCUUUGUAAAAUAAUUUCAUGGUAAAUAUUCUUUUGAAAAAAUGUUAUGUCAUUUGAUUUACCCUCAUCUGUCAAGAGUGAGAAAUUCCUUGCAGAAGUUGUAUUAUGGUUUUUCAUGUAAUUAUUAACAUUUCGGUAUUGGGUUGAUUAUAGAUUGUACCGUUACACAUGUAAUUAUUAAGAUCUUGAAACUCUAUUUCCUGGAGAAUUCAUUCAUCCUCCGGCUUAAGAUCAGUAUGAAUUGCCGGAUUUAAUUUGUUUAA